UAAGAGGAAUUAUUAGUAACGAAAGUCAGCUUACCAUUAAUUGAUUAUGGCUAGUUUGUCUAAUGACGUAAGGAUAUAUAAUUAUAUGGUCAACGAUUGACGUGUGAUUAACGGCUUGUACUGUGCCCACCAUGCAGACAAUACGGUAAAAAAAGUUGGGGAAAAUAAUUCGGUAAAAUUAUUACAAGUCAUAUUUUUCCUUAAGGGCAUUUUUUUUAACGCUGAUUUUUUAUGAUCUUACAAUUAUGAUAUAAGAAAGAUUACAUAGACGAUUCGACAACCGACAAUACUACUUGUCUUAUGAAGACCUACGCCUAACUACAUCACCUGAGUCGUCAUAUGAAGAUCCACGUCUGACCAGAUUUAUUUGCACCAUACUGAAAAAUCCCUUGUAAGCCCUUCUGUAGUCUGCAUAAUUGUUUAAUUAACCGCUCUUUCCGGGACUUGAAACCUGGAUUUCCUGUAAUCUGCAAUAAAUUGUAUAGUCUGGGAUUCGAACCCCAAACCUUAAGGGCAUCUACCACCUCGUUUUAUUUUUCACUUUAAAAUAGAGUUUAGAAUAUAAAUGCUCUAAUAGUACUCUAUUUUCACUAUAUAAUAAAGUGAAAAAUAGAUUUACUCUAAAUAUAGAAUAAUUUUUUUUUUCAUUACUCUAUUUUCUAUUCUAAAAUAAAGUACCAUUGGAGCAAACUCAAACUCCAUUAUAAAGUUACUCUAUUUUAUAGUUUAAGAUAAAGUAACUAAUCAUGAGCCUCUAUGUUUGUACUAUCAUAUCUUUAAAUUUAUUAUUCUAUGGUAUGUAAGUUUUACAAUAUUUUUCUUUCUUAAAUUUAUUAUUCUAGUUAUUAAAAAUGUAAAAGAUAAGUGAUUUUUAUUUUAGUAAUAAAUAUAUUACUAUUUUACAUUAUUUUGGGUAUUUAUUUAUUUAUUUUAAUUUUAUUUGUAUGGAUCGAAUCGGAUAUUCAAUUAAAAAAAUAAAAUUUCUGAUUAUCCGAUAAUCGAGUAUUCGAAUAAAUACGGAUCAAAUCAAAUUGAAUAGUUGAUUGUUCAAAUAAAAUGGAUCGGAUCACAAAUACCUCCAAAGCUUCGAAUAUUCGAUUCGUGUACCUCCCUACCAUGAGCCGACCUAGCUAGUACCCAAAGAAAACACAAGAACGAUUUAAAUUUGAGUAUUCUGAAAACCAAAUACAAUUUUGUUUUGUGCGAUUGAUCCAACGUAACACUUAAGUCCCUCUAGCUACUUUGACCAUACUAAAAGCUACUUCUGCAGAAAACUAAUAUUCGUAGACUUUUCAAAGCAUAGAUCUAGAGAAAUAUUUGUUACUGAUAUUUCAUCCAAUGACCGACUUGAACCUCAUACUCGCACUAUAAACUAGGUGCACAAUGGUACGGUUCAAAGUAUAACAUAAAAAUCUUAUCUUAACAUUUGUUUCAUGAAAAUGUCUGAAUCAAGGAUAGUAUCCUUAUCACCAAUGUUGCUGGUUCUUCUAUGCCUUCUAAUGGCUUCAUUCUUCGACACCACAGCUGGACAAAUCGGAGUAUGCUAGGGGAUGUUAGGCGACCCCCGACCAAAUCCAUCGGACGUUGUGGCUCUUUACAUCAGAGAAACAUCCAGCGGAUGCGGCUUAACGCUCCGGACCCAGAAGCUCUCAACGCUCUUCGCAACUCCGACAUCGAGCUUAUCCUCGACGUUCCCAAAACAGACCUUGACCGUGUUGCCUCCAGCCAAGCUGAGGCCGACACGUGGGUCCGGGACAACGUCAAAAACUACGACGGUGUCAGAUUCAGGUACAUCACGGUCGGAAAUGAGGUGAAACCCGCGGAGCCAGCUGGGAGGAUUCUCUUCCAGGCAAUGCAGAACAUCGAUAAGGCGGUUUCUGGAGCAGGGAUGGGGAUCAAGGUGUCGACGGCUAUAGACAUGGGAGCCACCAUGAACACUUAUCCUCCGUCGCAAGGAUCAUUCACGGAUGAGUAUAAAAACUUUCUCCAACCGGUGAUAGAUUUCUUGGUAAGCAAGCAAUCUCCUCUGCUCUUAAAUAACUACCCUUACUUCAGCUACAAGGACAACAUGGACACCAUCCCUCUAGAGUACGCUCUGUUCACUUCACCAUCCAGUCUAGUCAAUGACGACCAGUACGCUUACCAAAACCUCUUUGACGCCAAUCUUGACGCAGUCUACGCAGCAUUGGAGAAAUCAGGUGGCGUCGUGGUGUCGGAGAGUGGUUGGCCCACGGAGGGAGGACCCGAGACUAGUGUACAAAAUGCGAUGACUUAUGUUAAUAAUUUGAUACAACAUGUGACUACUACUGGAACUCCGAGAAAGCGAAAGAAACCUAUAGAGACUUAUAUAUUCGCUAUGUUUGAUGAGAAUAAGAAGGGUCCUCCUGAGCUUGAGAAGUUCUGGGGGAUGUUUCUUCCUAGUCAACAGCCUAAGUAUAAUGUUAAUUUCAUCUAUGCUUGAAGAGACAUCUUGAAGAAGCAAUGGCUAGUGAUGCAAUGAACAGCUAUUUAAGUAUUAUUUGAGUAUUAAAAAGUGAGAACUUGUUGUAACAAUAAAGAAUAAUGAGCCUUAAGCUAUGUUUUACU